AUGCAAUUUAAUUCGAAGAGCAAUGCUUCUGGUAGAGCAUUCCUCGGUUUCACCGGAUCUCCACGUCAACGCAGUACCAUACGGAACAAAGAAGCUACUGUGAAGCUCAAAAUGCUCACUUACUCAACAGCCAUUCUACUCCUGGCUCUACAGAACAGCAAUGGAUACAUGACCCGGCGCUCAGAUAUACCCGACUGUCCCGGAGCGGGAUAUACAGUUCGAAGAACAUUCCUGGAGGAACACAACACAAGAAGGGCUUUACUCGCUAACGGAAGUGCCAAUAUCAAUGGAAAACAAAUGCCGUCUGCAGCAAACAUGCGUUUUAUGGGAUACGAUUGCAAACUGGAAGAGGAAGCCAAAAAUUUGCCCUCAGCAUGCGAAGGAAUUCCAGAGACAUGGCGAUUCAAUGAAACCAAAACAAAUUUCGCCCUUAUCAAAUCACACAAAGACAAUGGUGAAAUUAGCGCGCCAGGAGAGAUGGCUGAGGCGGACGAAGAUAAAGUCGGUUGCUCAGUGCGCUCUUGCAAGAAGGCUGGCUCAGACGCCUCCUAUUAUUCGGUUGCAUGCGUCUACGGAAAGGGAGUUGAAGCUGACAAAAAUCUUUACGAAGAAGGCGUAGCAGGCUCCAAGUGCACCGAAUUCGAAGGCUAUGAAGAAAAGGAAGCACUCUGCAAAAAAAGAAAACAAAAAAAGAACUGA